GGCCUCAAAGGAGACACACAUGGAUGAUGAGCUAGGUCCCCUUCCAAAUCACCUUGCAAGCACAGAUCUGCAGGAUAUGUUGGCAGCAGGAUCCAGAGGAGGAGAGGAACAGUUGGGGAACAACCAUGGAAGUCAGCAAGAUUCCUCAAGGGCUCAGCAAGGUGGCUGUGAGGAAGAAGGGGUGACUAAGCCGCCUUGUUCUAAUAUCAUCCUGGUAAAAAGACAGGACAGAAGGACAUCAGCAGCCUCACAGCGCACUGCUUGUGCAGGGAGACCCACCAUCUGCUCUGAGUGUGGAAAGGGCUUCAGUCGGAGCAUCCAUCUCACCCAGCACCAGCGAAUGCACACUGGGGAGCGCCCCUUCCUAUGUGGAGAUUGUGGCAAGGGCUUCAGCCAGAGUUCCCAUCUCAUCCAGCACCAGCGGGUCCACACAGGCCAGAAACCCUACACCUGUGUUGAGUGUGGGAAGAGCUUCAGCCAGAGCUCUAACCUCCUCAAGCACCAGCGCAUCCACACCGGGCUCAAGCCCUACAUGUGCAGUGAGUGUGGCAAGAUCUUCAGUGACAGCUCCACCUGCAUCAAGCACCAGCGAAUGCACACAGGCGAGCGGCCCUACAAGUGCCCAGCCUGUGGGAAAAGCUUCAGCCAACACUCCCACCUCCUUCAGCACCAGCGAACCCAUGAUGGCAUCCGGCCUUAUGCCUGUGGGCAGUGUGGCAAACAUUUUGGGCAGAGCUCUGACCUCCUUAACCACACUCGUACCCACACUGGUGAGAAGCCUUACAAAUGCAGCCAGUGUGGCCAGGGCUUCAGUGGCAACUCCAACCUCAUCAAGCAUAUCCGUAUCCACACUGGGGAGCAGCCGUACCACUGCACCCAGUGUGGGGAGAGUUUUCGUUUCCAGCCCCAGCUGGUGCGCCACCAGAAGCACCACAUGGACUAGCUGGUGGAGUGGAGAAGGCUUUGUGGACCAUAGGCAGCUACCUCGUGUUGGGAAGAUGCACAGCUGCUCCCUGGACACCUCAUAUGGGACAUGAGUUUUGCGGAAGGGAGCCCUCAGAGCCUUGUCCUGUUGUGUUCUGGGUAACUCUGAGCACUGUCUGGGCAGUUGAGCAGAGGGAGUCUGCUGCAAAACAAGCUAUGUUCACUGUGAUGCAGUGGUUGUUCUGAGCCCCUCUUUCGGGGAUAGGAAGAGGAAAGGUGCUUAUAUGGUACAGUAUAUUCAAGGCCAGAGAAGAGAACAUAGGACCGGUGUCUUUCUCUGUUAUUUCUACCAGGGAAUGGUUUUUAUCCCAGUAAAAAAGAGCUAAAAUCUGUACCUGUUUGCUGUACAAGGUUUGCUGUAGAAGCUGCCUGGGUUUUACCACAUGAUAAGGCCAGAGCCUGGGAUGAUCACUCCCUUUAGAAUCCGCAUUUCCCACUUGCCUGGUCUUGGGUUUGGAUGACGUUAGUACCUAUUUAUUUUAAAGCCCCACAAGACUGCUGCAUGCCUCGGCAUACAUGUGCUUUCUUGGGAUGUCAUCUAUGGAGCAGUAGUUUUGCUGGGUUGUAUGGUUGUUAAAUUGACAGUUCCACAAAUGACAGCUUACUCCUCAGCAGUAAUUAAGUAAAUUAACAUCCUUAUGGGUAUUUCUCUCAGAUUCUUGUUUAGGUGCUUUUGUGGGUGGCACUUUAUGAAUGCUUUUUAUAAGGCUCCUAAAAGUAUUUAGGAUUACUUUUUUAAUUGUUGUGGUCUAAUUGUCAGUUGAUGAGCAGAAGGAUGACAUUUGAAAAAUAAGCUAUGUCAAACUUUGAUUUUAUAUUAAAUGUUAAACAUUUUUUCCUGCAUUGAACUUUUAAA